UCGUCGCGUGCAAUCGAAACAUAUUAAAAUAUCACUCUACACGCUAUGAUAGUUAUACAAGAUACCUAAGAAUUGUUAAAAAGUAUUUAAUAUACAAAAAUUCGGAUUAAUAAAAUAAAAAAUGACCUCUAAGCGGUCAUUGGUUUAGAGAUACCUAAUAUACAUUAUUUUAGUACAAUAUUAUCAUUAUAAUUAUUAUAGGUAAUAUUCAUUUUUGACAUUUUAAUUUCCCUCUGAUGUAGUGUGUACUUUUAAAAGUAGUUUUGUAAUGCAUGUUUGUUUUACUGUUGUGUAUGAAUAAUUAAUAUUCGAUAAUUCACCGAGUGCCGUUUUUGAGUGCUCCCUCGUGCAGUCACAAGCUUAGCGCCGUACCGUCAUGUCAUCGACCGUCCUACUUGGUACCAUCAAUAUUCAAACGCUUCGUCGACACUCCAGCGAUGUAACUAAAUGCUGUUUUUCCAAGCGGUUUAAUUUGGCCAUCGGGUCCAGCGAUAAAACAGUGAGCGUUUGGAAAUGGUGCGCCAGUCAGGGAUUUGUGGAAAUGUCAUAUUCUCCUCUUACACACCACAAAUAUAUGGUCACCAGCGUUCAAUUCGAUGUAGACGGAACUCUCUUAGCUACUUCUUCACUGGACGGUAACUCUGCGUUGUGCGAUACAGAUACUGGUAGAGUGGUGCAUACCUUUGUACACAAUAGUCGCAGUGGCGUUAAAUCAGCAUGUUUCACGGCGAAUUUUAAAUAUUUUGUAUCUGCAGGCGAUGAUGGAACUAUGUGUGUUUGGGAUAUGUUUAGAAAAUCAUUGGUCAGAUCUCUUGUGGUACACGAAGAUGCUGUAUCAACAGUAUGUUGUUCUAAAGACUCCAGGGUGUUGAUAACUGGUGACAUGACUGGUGUGGCUAAAGUAUGGUCUGUGUGCGAAUUGACUGACCCCUUCGGCAAGACAGCUCCUCUGUUCGUUUUGUCUGAUUGCCACGACAUGGGCGUGAGCUCAGCCGAAAUUUCACCGAUCACAACAAUUACAAAUAAGGGUAAAAUGUAUAACGUGUUGACGAGUGGUAAUGACCACUUGAUAAAACACUGGCAACUGGUGUUAUGGAAAAUGAGUUCUAGUUCCCAUCAAUGUGUUGUAGAAUUAAUACAACCUUUAAAAGGUCAUUCAUCUACAGUGACAAGUGUAUGUUUCAACCAUGAAGGCACAAUGUUUGCAUCAACUUCAAUGGAUAAAACUACGCGCUUAUGGCAGGUGGUCGAACCGAAAAAUAUCAUUUGCUUAACAGUGUUGGAGGGACACAGCCGCUACAUCAACACAUGUGCAUUUUCUGAAGACAGUUUACUGUUUGUCACGGGGUCCAACGAUAAGUCGGUGAUAAUUUGGGACGUGAAAGGCAAUUUGGAUUUCAAUAGUUCAUUAGCCGCCAUUUCAGAGGAGCUCGAUACCGUUCAGAAUACAAGAAGUGUCGUUGAAGUAGAAGUUACUUUACACGAAAAAUUCAAUAAUUUUACAAACUCUAUAAAUACGUGCGAUUUUAGCUCCGACAAUGAAUACAUAAUGGCAGCAGGAAGCGAUAAGUUCAUCAGAGUGUGGCGUCUCGAUCCGGAGGGUAAGAUGAAAGAAUGUGAGGCUUCACCGUUAAAAGCUCAUCAUUACUCGGUGCAACACCUUGCCGUUUCUCCUUGUUCGUCAUACAUGGCGUCGUGCUCGCUAGACGGCAUGACUAUUAUUUGGGAACUAUGCACCUUUGAACAAAGAGGCACUUUGCACGCCGACUAUGGCGGUGCAAGGUGUUGUUCGUUUUCCGAAAAGUCCGAGCUGAUAGCUGUCGCUUGUGACAACGAAAUCAUUUUCGUGUGGAACGUGGAAACUCUACAACUCGUCGGAAAAUUAACGGGCAACAGCGAAGACGUAAUGUGCGUGACGUUCAGUCCGGAUUCGCGGUACUUAAUGACCGGUUGUGUAGAAGGUCACAUCAGGAUAUGGCCGGUCCAUCCAAAGAAGUACAUUGUUUCCAGCACGAGCACAAUCACACUGGAUAACGCCCAUGAAAUCGGCAUCACCACCGCCCAUUUUGCCCGAAAAAGUCCGUCCGCAGAACAUUGCUUGCUUCUACUUACUGGCGGCAAUGACGGAGUAUUGAUGACGUGGAGAUUGUUAGACAGCAGAAUAGAUUUUGAAAUGAAGUUUGUCGGCCACGGCAGUGACAUAACUUGCGCAAAGUUUACUCGGAAUACGACCGCGUACUUGGCAUCCACCUCGUUAGACAAAACCGCGAGGAUAUGGCAAACGGAUACCGGAGAGUGUCUCCACGUGAUCGAUCCAAAAAAUUCCAUACUCACUUGUUGCUCAUUUUCGGCUGAUAAUCGAAUACUAGCUACAGGAUCAUUAGACAAAACGUUGUUCUUGUGGAAACUACCGGUGGAAGGUGAAGUUGCUUUGUCAAUAAAGAAAUCGGCGUCAAUGGAAAAGAGUCUUGUUUGCCAUAACUCCUCUUCCAUAGGUGCUGACAAUCAACAACUGGAAUUAGCUCUAAUGAAAUUAGCUGCAUCUGUAGACGUCCCCGACGAGUUCAUUUGUCCUAUUACCCAACAGAUCUACAGAGAUCCAGUUAUAUGUUCGGACGGAUACACUUAUGAGAGAGCUGCCAUAGUCUCGUGGUUUGGCCGUGGAAAAAUCACCAGUCCACUCACUAACGAGCCGUUACUCUCAAAAUCCAUGACACCCAACGUUACCAUAAAAAAAGCAAUCGAUACCGCAUUGAUUGAAAAUCAAUCCUUAUGAUGAUGAUUAUUAUGUUAUUGAAAUAAAUAAUUACACAUUGUAUAAAAAUACACUUAUAUAACAUAUUUUUCAUCACUGUGUCGAAUGUAUUUUGUUUAACUAUAUUCAAGUGGUUAUUACUUGUUAAAAUAUGUAAACUAUUUGUUUAAA